GGCGCUGCACCGCUCCCCUCGCAUUACCGCCCCCUCGCCGCGGUCCCGCAUGGCGAAGGCGGACCCCGAGGCGGCGGCCGGCGGGAAAGGCCGGAGGAGGAGAGCCCGGCGAGGCCCCGGGCAGCACGCGGGGACGGCCGCGCAGAAAGGCCCGAAGGCGGCGGCCGUGGCGGCGCUGCCCCGCAGCCCGCAGGAGUUCUCCUCCAACUGGAAGGCGCUGCAGGAGAUACUGAAGCAGAAGGCAAGCAGCUCGAACGAGCCCCUCCCUUCAUCUCAGACUUACUCCAAGAAGCAGCAUCCACUCAAAGAGGGAAACAGCCAACAGGAUCCAGGCACCAGGGAUGAAAACACAUUGAAACCCAAAUCCACAAAUAAAAAGGACAGGGGUCCUGCUGCACACAGCCCUCCUUCAGCCAAGGAGAAAUCUAAGAAGGCUGCAACUGACAAGAAUUCCAAACCUAAGCAUACAGAUAAGAGGGCCAAGAGUUCUGAUGGCAGCACUCCUGUGGCUGAGCCCAAACCCAGCAGAGCUGAAAAGAACAAGAAUUUAAACGGCACCAAAAGCGAUGGGAAGGGCUGCAAAGAGAAAAGGAAAAAUGGCAACGUUGAAAAGGAGAAGAGCGACGUGAAACAUAAGAAGAGGAAAGCUGAAGAUACAGCACAGCAGCCCAAAGAGGCUGACAUCUGGUUUGAUGAUGUUGAUCCAAAAGAUAUCGAAGCAGCAAUAGGACCCGAAGCAGCAGAAGUUGCUAGAAGGAAACUGGGACUUGAACCAGGCCAGUCCAAACGGUCUGUGGAGCAGGUGCUGGUUAAAGAGAAGUCUUCUGGAGGUCUUACAAGAGCUGUAGCUAUGGACUGUGAGAUGGUGGGAGUGGGACCCAACGGCGAAGACAGCAUCGUGGCUCGUGUGUCCAUCGUGAACCGGUUUGGAAAGUGCAUUUAUGACAAGUAUGUCAAGCCCACGGAGGAGGUGACAGAUUACAGAACAGCCGUUAGCGGCAUCCGGCCUGAGCAUCUAAAGACAGGUGAAGAUUUUAAAACGGUUCAGAAGGAGGUCGCUGAUAUCUUGAAUGGAAGGAUUUUAGUCGGGCACGCAUUACACAAUGACCUGAAGGUCCUAUUUCUUGACCAUCCUAAGAAGAAAAUACGCGACACGCAGAAAUACAAACCUUUCAGACAGAGAGUCAAGAGUUCACGGCCAUCGUUGAAGCUGCUCUGCAAUAGACUUCUAGACGUCCAAGUGCAGACAUCAGAGCACUGCUCGAUUCAGGAUGCACAAGCAGCUAUGAGACUGUACACCUUAGAGAAAAAGAAAUGGGAAGCUGCUCUUAAGAACAAAGCUAAAGACAAACCAUGAACCUUGCAUAAUUGCACACUGUGUUCUUUAGCUGCAUUUGCUGCUUCACUGUCAGAUCCCAGGCUACUCAGAACUAACAGCAGCAAUUUGAUAAAAUACAAACAAAAGCCCAGCAGAGUACAUGAGUGUUGCCAUACAAGAAUACUGCCCCUUUCUGGAUAGGGCAUGCACCUAAUUAAACAAUACUGCCAAAUACCUGCA